AUGGAUGCAAACUUCUAUAUCUAAACACUUCAAGUCUUCUUUCAGAUUAUGUUUCGCGAAAUACAACAUGCCAUGACCAAGUAGAUAUAGCCCCUAUCGGGAUAGAUCAUGAAAAAUCAGGGAAGUAGUACGGCUGCGAGGCCUGUACUCUACAUUUACACUUUUAUCUUUCGAGUUAAAAAUUUGAGAACAGAAAACUAUAAGGGCUUAAACUUCUUCUGACUUUGGAUAUAACUUUCAAAUUCAUUCUACGAUAUUCUACUAUACCGCUCAUUAGACCCGAUGUGCUCUACUCCACAUACCUUCGAGCUGCUUGUAGAGUUUAUUGCAGUAUAAACGAUCCGAAGAGUUCAGAUUCAAAAGCAUUUGAAUAUUUUAAAGAUUUUUAUUUGUAGGUUCCUGCAGAUAAAGUUAUUUAUGAACGUGAUAUAAAGGAUGCAACAAAGAGUUACACAUUUACUGAUGGUGUUGGAACAAUAUCAACAAAACUUCGUGAUGAAAUAGAAGAAGAAUUAUUUUAA